UAGUGAUUGGCUGGUGAGAACGCGUUUCAGGAAGUAGUGUGUCGUAUUACAUUUGCCGACUGAAAAUCCUCCUCAUGAGAGCCUGUUCCUGAGAUAGAUUCUCAGUGGGUAAAGCAACGUCUUUUUCGGAAAGCUGUGGGGUUAGAGUUCAAAUAUCAGUAAAUCCUUUAUUCAGACAGCUCUUUUAUGGCUGCCAGAAGAGUUGUUGUCUUCACCUCCUCAGCGGAGCUUGCUCCGGUGCUGGCCCAUCUGGUGACAGCUCGGGCUGAGAAGGCCAUCCUCUCCCAUGGCAGGUUCACUCUGGGGCUGUCUGGAGGAAGCCUUGUGUCCAUGCUCAGCAAAGAGCUGCUCGCCCUGCCAGACCUGGACUGCAGCAAGUGGGUGGUUGGUUUCUGUGACGAGCGAUUGGUUUCCUUUGAUGAUCCUGAGAGCACUUAUGGGCUGUACAAGAGUCAGCUGUUUUCCAAGGUCAACAUCCCUGACAGUGGGAUCUUAACCAUCGACUCCUCUCUGUCAGUGAACGAGUGUGCUGAGGACUAUACACGCAAAUUGAAAGAGGCCUUCCCAGAUGAUGACUUCCCCGUGUUUGACCUGUUACUGCUGGGUAUGGGUCCUGAUGGACACACCUGUUCCCUCUUCCCAGACCACCCUCUUCUGGAGGAAACCAAGAAGAUUGUGGCCCCCAUCUGCGACUCUCCCAAACCACCGCCACAGCGUAUAACUAUGACUUUUCCAGUGGUGAACUCUGCACGUUGUGUGGCUUUUGUGUCAACAGGAGGAAGCAAAGCACCCGUUUUGAAGGAGGUGCUGGAGGGUAGAGAGGGUCCAGCUUUCCCAGCGGCCCGUGUUGUCCCGACUAACGGUGAGCUGUUCUGGCUUGUUGAUGACCCUGCUGCUGCCUCCUUGACUAUCCAGGUAGAGCGGCUAGGCUCAGGGGCCAAACUGUAGAGCUUUCCAUCUGUCGAGUAAACGCAGGAAGUCAACAGCACAUUCCUACUUUCACAUGAUGCUGUUGGUUUAUGUAAGCGAGAUAAUGAGAUAGGAUAUAAGGAUAAACAAAGAACAAUGGGGACAUCUUUGUAAUUUCCAGCACUGCAUUUAGCGCUUUUUGGAGGUUGAUUAAUGUGUGUACAUGCGUGUGUGUCUGUGUGUGUCAGAGGUCUACCUUUAUUCGAGAGAGGAUUGAAUAAAAUAUUUUCUUGGCUAUAAAGUUCAUAAGUAUUUUUUUUUGUAUUAGGUCCAUUAACCCGACAAAGUUACCUUAUAAAUAUAGUGCAAAAUGUAUGUUUUUUCUGUCCCUCAGCUCUGAGUUGCUUUCACACCCUUUGUAAAAUAUCAAAUCCAGUCACACACUGACAGUGAAAAUCAGCAUUCAUUUGUUACGUACACUUAUUUUCAUUAGAAAUUUAAAAAAUAAAAUGUUAAUUAAA